AUAAUUUUUAAAUAAUUUAGAUUGCAUAAUUUGUACGUGGACCAAUAAGAAAACGCCACCAAGCUGUCACUGACAGAUCCUAUACCAACAUUUUUCACAAAUAGCGGAUUUAUUUUAUUAGGUGUUUUUUAAAACGUGGUACGAAUUUAUAAGUAGAAUAAUUUACACAACCAAAGGUACAAGAAAAUGGAACUACAAGCUGUUAUUUUAGUAGUUAUUAUGUCAGUUAUAGCUGUAAGUUCCCUAAAACCAAAUGAAUGUGAAGUUUGUAUCAAAACGUUAACAAAGUUUUCGGAUACAUUAGAUGACAGUACUAGAAAAGAUCCUAAAAAAAUUGAAAAUGAGUUUAGAGAGUUCUGUAAAGGCUUGAAAAAUAAAGAAAAUCGAUUUUGUUACUACUUGGGUGGUUUAGAGGAAAGUGCUACGGGAAUUCUUGGUGAAAUGUCAAAGCCCAUGUCGUGGUCGAUGCCCGCUGAAAAAAUUUGUGAAAAAUUGAAGAAAAAAGAUGCUCAAAUUUGUGAACUUCAUUAUGAUGUAGAAAUUGAUUUAAAAAAUGUUGAUCUCAAAAAACUCAAAGUAAGGGAUCUCAAAAAAAUUCUUAACGACUGGGGUGAGAAUUGUGAGGGGUGUAUUGAAAAAAGUGAAUAUUUAAGUAGGAUAGAAGAGCUAAAACCACGACACACAGAAUUGUAAAUAAAGUGAUAAUUUAGGGUAUUUUGAGUAGCAUCAACAGACUGAUGAAUUUUUUGAAAGUUGAUGUGUAUAUUCGUUUUAUCCAAGAUGCUGGAGAAUAUUGGGGGGGCAUAUGUUUGAAUAAUAAAUAGAUUUGUUCAGAAAUAUAAUGAAACUUGUAUUGUUACUUAUCCAAUUUUUACAUCAUUUAUAAUACAAAUAAAUUGGUAAUUUUCACAUAUUUUUUUCUUUAGUUGAAUUUUCAGUAAAUUAUAUUUUAUUACACAGAAAAAAUUCCACUAAUAAACUCCAACCUCAAGCAGAUGAAAGUUUAAAUCCACUCUAUUUUUUAUUUAACCCUCAUUCUUUAGUUGGCAAUAAAAUGACAUAUACAGGGUCUUCAAAAUAUCUGCUGUCAAAUUUAAACUACAGAUAAUUAAAGGGAUUUUAUGUUUAUCUAACUUUAUUUACCUUUAUCUGAAACGUCCUACCAUAGCCCUCUAUGAUUGCGCUGUUUAUAUUAUAAAAUAUUUCUCUAAAAAUCUUAACUUAAGCUUGCACAUUAUAUAAUCUUGGAUCAAUAAAUUGUUUACCAAAAAACUACGUUUUUAACGGCCAUCACGAGUAUCUAAGAGUGGAAAGGAAAAAUCUUGCAAAUUUAUUUUUCAAAAAAUUUUCCAAAAAGGCAUCAGUUGUCCCUUUCAUAUUGAUCAUUUGAGACGGCGAUAUACAACACAAGUUUAUAAUAAAUAAUUUAUCACCACAGGGUUAUACCAAUCACAAGUUUGAAGAUUCUAGGUAGCAGGUGUUUUGGAGAUAUAAUUAAAUAACUCACUUAACAGCGUCAUCUUAAAAGCGCACUAACUGUCUUAUGAGAAACUUUUACACUUUGUUUGCCUAAAGAUGGUCUGAACUAUAUUCUAAAUAUUAUUUCUUAGAAAUACACACAUAGUUUCAAGAGAAACAGGGAUACAACACUGAAUUCUAUGCAUAACUAUCGACAAUUGACUAUUUAAUAUGUUUAAAAUUAAUUUGGUACAAAACUAAACAUUUUUAACAGCUGAGUAUUUUCAAUUUACAGUAAAUUGUAUUAGGAGUAAAAUGAAGUUCAAUGAGUAGAUUAAUUUUUUUUUAAUGAAAUUGUAAAAGAUGUCAAAUUUUUUAGCAAAAUAACUGAUCCACUCAAAAAAUUGCGGAUGCUACAUAAUUUUUGUAUUUAAAAUUUGAUUCCCUUAUAAUUUUAUAAUUAUUAAAUACACCAAAUUCUCGAAACCAAUCAAUAACUCUGUGAACUGUAUGUACAUCUUGAAAGUCCCACUACUCUAGCCACACAAUAAUGCAACCUACCAUUAAGAACCAAAGCUUUAGGCACAAAAAGAUUAAUAUUUUGAAUUACUAUUUGACAGAAACUAUAAUUGGUUUUUUGGUUGUACAAAUAAUACUACAUCUUUCCGUAACCCUCAUUUUGAUAAGUUAAUUGCUAAACUUAUUACUUAAGAAACAAGUUUGCCUUUCUUAGACCCUUGUAUCUUCUACAACCAUUAAUCUAAUGUAAACAAAACAAGGACAGAAUUUUACAUAUAUACAAUUUAAAAAAUAUAUUGGAAUCUAUACUAUAAUAACAAAUUUAAAAUGAACAAACUUCAUCAAUUUUUUUGAAUGGAUCGAUUAUUAUGCAGAUCAGUAAUGAAAGCAUUCCAUAUCCAAUUUCAUUAUUUCAUUUAUUCAAACAAAUGGUUUAACAACUCUACGAUUAUUAAAUAUUGAUCAGUUUAAAUAAACAUAUUUCCAUCAUUAAAUGAAACUAUCAGUAUUUAAAAUAUUGUGUAUUUGUAAACUUUUUUCUAUUUAUUUCUGGUAGAAACUACGACAUUGUAUUCAGUUUUUGAAAUAAAAUAUUUUCCUUUAACUGUAUUUCGUUAUUGUCUCAAGAUUUCUUGAUAUAUGAAUAAAAGUUACAUGAUGAAAAAAAUUAUUUUAAAGUGGAACAAACAUAAAAAUAAUUAAAUAGAUACAAAUAAAAUAAAAUUUCAAUAUACAGAAGAAAUCCACAAUGAAUAAGAAAAUUAUAGGUAAUAAUUAGUAUAUAAGUCUAUAGCAAAGUUAAACCAGUAUUCCCGAAAUUGAAUAUCACCAUUAGAAUAGAAGUAGUUUACAGAGUAAAAUGCACUUUCCAGUAAAUAUGUUCUCAAAUUAAUGCGAGAUGCGGGAAAAGAUGAUAUUGAAUUGAUUUCAAUUGGCAAAUGAUUGUGCAUUAUUUGCAUUGUGAAAUAUUGAGCCCUAAACUAAUUCUGAAUGUAGGUAAAGGUCGUGCAACGUCCUUUAUGAAAUUGAAGAAGCGUGCUUACGAAUUAGGCAAACGGAUUCAAAGAUGAAUAAGGAAGGAAGAGUCAAAAUUUUUAAUCUUUUAAUAUCUAACAGCUCUCUUUUGUAGUUUGAAGAUUCCCUCAAAAUGAGUCGUACCACAAGUACCCCAGAAGGGAAGUGCAUUUUGGAGAUAACACUCAAUAAGGGCGUAAUAGACUGUUAAGGAGAUAAUAUCAGUUUUUUAGGAACUGAUCUCAGCGCAAAACAGGAGGAGCUUAUUUUUUUAGAAAAGGCAGCAAUAUCUAACGCCCAUUUCAAGGAAUUCUCCUUAACAAGCCUUAAGAGUGCAAUAUUUUUUUGUAUGAUAAAACUUAAGUUUUAGAAAUGUUGAGACACAAAAAAUUAGAAUCGCACCAUGAUUUGAAGGUGUUAGGACACUAGAUAUGGUCCUAUGAAGUGCCGUGAGACCAGGGUUGCUUCAAGAGAAACUAGUAUAGUCUACAUAGACAUAUUUUACCACUGAUGUCUAGAUAGGCAAUGUUUAAAACAAAAGAAACAAAAUAGGGCCUAGUACUGAGCCUUAGGACACUCCACAUUCUAUUGGCUUGCAAGGAGACAUCAUUGUAUUAACCUUUACAAACUGACUUCUGUUGGUAGAGUAUGACUUAAACCAUGCGUACUGCAAUUCGUUGAUUGAAAUUUUAUGAUUAACAUAAUCGAAAGGCCUCGAAAAAUCACCACAAAAAGUAGUUGCAGUGGAGUGGAGCUGUUUAGGCUGGUGUAGACAUAAGAGCUCUCUUUCUUAGUUUGAAAAUUCGCUCGAAUUGCAAAGGGGGGAUUUUAAUUUUUGAGGAAAGACGGUAAUAUUAACUCCCAUCUCAAGAAAUUGUUCACAACAAGCCCUAAGAAUUUUACAGAUUUAACGACGUCAAUGGUGGUGUUAUGUAACAAAAAGGCUACAAUGUAUAUUUAUAUGAUAAAACUUCAGUUUUAAAAACGUUGAGACACAGAAGCACCAUGAUUUAAGGGUGAUUAUUACAAAGAAAAUUACUUUCUUUGGAUGGUGUCUUUCAAUAUUUUUCAAAUUUGUUUAUUCUAAAGUAAAUUUGCCAUUAAGUAAUAACUAAAUUUUUAUUUAUUUUACUUAUAACUGAUAAGCUUAAUUAAUCAGUCGAACUAUUUUUGUUAAAAAAAUCUGUACAAUAAAUGCUCCAUAUUUUUAGUUUAUAUUAGUACCUAAAUAAUGUAUUUCUACAUUUUUGACUAGAUUAAAGCGCUAUAAUUCUAAGUUUUGCAGUUUUCAUAACAUACUACAACUUUGAAUAACAUUUGACUACUUUUGUUCAUUCUACAUUAGUCAUAUAGACAUAAAUAUCAAUAGACUUACUUUUGGAAUCAAUAUUAAUUAUGGCCUCUGAGCUGUACACUUCACUGAACCCGUAGGAAACUAUUUUUGCAAAUACAAACGUAUUAACGCAAUGGGCAACUUUUUUAAUAUAAAUUAUUACUAUCAAAAAAAUAUAUAGUGCCUCCUAUAUGGUAUAUUUAUUGAGAUAACUAUUGAAUUCUACAUACAUAAAACCUAAGCUGUUCAUUAUUGAAAAAUAAUACAGUGAAGUGAUAUUCAAAAGAUGAUUCCAAAUUUACUAUGUGUAUUAAAAAUAAUGUAAUACAUUUUAAAAGAGUAACUAAAAUUUGUCUAAU